AUGUCUGAGAUUGUUUUACGCGAUGCACGCUACUCGGAACUUCCGGAGAUUGCCCACGUGAUGGCACAGGCAUUUUGGGAGGAUAACCUGUUUGGCGAGCUUAUACAUCCUCAUCGCAACGAGCAUCCUGACGAUGUAGACCUAUACUGGCUGCGGCGGGCACGCGUCAACUUUUGGGACUACCGAUGGCGAUGGCUCGUCGCCGUGACUAAAGACGAUAGUGGUCGGGACGUUAUUGCUGGGAUUGCGCAAUGGGCGAGAUUGGGAGACGGUGGCCGGAAGCUGGAAUGUUGGGCUUUGGAUCCUCGAAACUUGCUCAAGCCUCUGUCUUCUGCUGCCAUGAAGCUUCAUGCUUGGAUCUGGCCUAACCGUGCAAGCGACCCCAAGGAAGAGGACAUCAUAGAGCGGGCGUACCCUUACUUCGAAGAUAUAUGGAGCGGCAAGCGCGCUGAAACGUGGUACCUCGAAGGAUUAGCAGUGCGCCCAGACUUGCAGGGGAAGAAAGUAGGACAGAAGCUUGUGCAGUGGGGACUCGAACAGGCCGAGGCCGAAGGGAUCUGCGCUUCCGUGGUUAGCGCCUUGGGCAAGGACGAAUUCUACACCAAGUGUGGGUUUAACGAGCAAUAUGGCUGCGCUAGACAGGGCGAGGGAAAUCCUCUAGCAGACACCGAAGGUGCUAAUAUGUUCUGGAAAUGGCCCAAGUCUAAAUAG